UCCUGAUGUCGAAUAAUACCAACGUUGUUCCCCCACAGUCGCGUUCUCUCUCCUCACUCUCGGCAAACUCUCUCUCUCAUAAAACCCAUUCCUCCGUCGCUCUCUCCUCAACAAAAACAUGUUCACGUUCUCUCCCUCCCUCCUUCCCUUCCCUCAUCACCCAAAAAAAAAAAAAAUACUAAACCCAACAGCGAACACGCCAGGCGGCAGGCGCAGCCUCCAAUGAAAUCAAGAUUCAAGACGUGUGUGUUUUCUGUGGGAGCUGCCUCGGCAAGAACCCUAGCUACCGGCUUGCUGCUAUUCAACUCGGCAAACAACUGAUAAGGGCCUGGACGGAAGCCUUAUCGGCUUACUUCAAAUCAUAUAUGCGAGUUUCUUAUUUUUUAUUUUGAAGAAAAUUAAAGAUUGAAGAUACCUGGAAGUUUUGUGCUGUUCUACUGAGAUCCAGAGAAGCAACAAUGAUUCAUUCUGUUUGCUCUAGGAGUAUACCAGCAGGUUGGGAUUACCGUAAAUGAGCUUCAUUAAUUACACAUUUCUUUGGGCUGUUCGUUAUUUUGCGCAUCUUUUUAAACGUUAUCAAGGUGUUCGAAGGGAUGCCUGAGUGAGUCUUGGCUUCACGGGCUUCCAAAAAAUGGGUCUUCAAGGAGCUACAUCCAUGCCACACCUGUUAUGGUUCUUUGGCAUAGCCACCUGCGUAAAGCUCCUCCUCAUCCCCUCUUACCACAGCACGGACUUCGAGGUUCACCGCAACUGGCUCGCUCUCACUCAUUCCCUGCCUCUCUCCCAGUGGUACUCUGACGAGACCAGCCCCUGGACUCUUGACUACCCUCCGUUCUUUGCUUUCUUUGAGCGCUUCCUCUCCAUUUUCGCCAACCUCAUCGACCCCCAAAUCGUUCACCUGCUAAAGGGUCUCAACUAUAGCUCCAACACAGUGGUUUUGUUCCAGAGAAUCACUGUAAUCUUGUCUGAUUUGUGUAUUUUGUAUGGGGUUUAUAGAUUGACUAAGGUUUUGGAUUCGAAGAGGAGAACUUUGAUCUGGGUAUUGGUCAUUUGGUCCCCAAUGCUUGUGAUUGUGGACCAUGUCCAUUUCCAGUACAAUGGAUUUCUGUUGGGGUUCUUAUUCAUAUCGCUUUCAUAUUUGGAGGAAGGGAGGGACUUGAUGGGUGGGUUUUUCUUCGCGGUUUUGCUGUGCUUCAAGCACUUGUUUGCAGUGGCAGCGCCGGUUUAUUUUGUCUACUUGUUGCGGCAUUAUUGUUGUGGUGGAUUGGUGAGGGGCCUCCGCAGGCUUUCGGCUUUGGCGGCGGUGGUUACGGCAGUUUUUGUGGCAGCCUAUGCACCAUUUGUCUAUCAUGGGCAGAUACAACAAGUCCUUCACCGCAUGUUUCCUUUUGGCAGAGGGCUUUGCCAUGCAUUCUGGGCUCCAAAUUUUUGGGUGUUUUAUAUUAUUUUAGAUAAAUUACUCGCUUUUUUCCUUAGAAAGUUUGGGUUCGCCAUCCCGACACCGGCAGCUUCAUUCACUGGGGGGCUAGUUGGGGAUUCCUCGCCAUUUUCUAUACUACCUCAGAUAACCCCCUUGGCGACCUUUAUAAUUGUCUUGCUUGCCCUAUCCCCUUGUCUUAUUAAGGCUUGGAGAGAACCCCGGCCAGGGAUGGUUACUAGAUGGGUAGCCUAUGCAUACACUUGUGGUUUCUUGUUUGGGUGGCAUGUUCAUGAGAAAGCAUUGCUUCACUUUGUGAUUCCCCUUGCCACUGUUGCGGUGCAGAAUGUGGACAGUGCAAGGCAUUACUACUUGCUAUCCAUUGUAUCCAGCUACUCAUUGUUUCCUCUUCUCUUUGAAGUCCGAGAAUAUCCAAUUAAAGUACUCCUUCUGCUGUUGUACUCCAUUAUAAUGUGGCUAGUAUUUUCUGCACAAUUCACUGAUGGUGAAGAAGCUAAAGCAACCGCACCCAUAAAGAAAGAAGCUGGUCGAUUGGAAUUAAAAGGAAUUGCCAACGUGGCUGCCAAGAAAGGAGGGUUUGUUAUCAGGGGUAUUGAGAAGAGUUAUCUGGUUGGUCUUUUGGUAGUUGAGAUAUGGGGCCAGCUUUUGCAUUCCAUAUUUUUUGGUGAAAGGCUUCCUUUUGUUCCCCUUAUGCUGAUCUCUAUAUAUUGUGGAUUAGGGAUCGUGUACUCUUGGAUUUGGCAGUUAAGAUGGAUCAUUAGAUCCCCAGAGUCGUAAUUUCUUCUUGUUUUAUGUUUGGAUACAUGUAAGAUGACAUGCAAAGUUGGAUUUUUUUAGUGCAACAUUUGAUAUUCUA